AUGAGGAUUGAAAUUAAGAUUGAGAACAAUAGCUUGGUGAUCAGACCCAAAAUUAUUGGAGGAGGUACAAAACGAAUCGAUAAGUUGAAAACAAGAGAAAUUUCCCCAGACAAGGUCGAUGACUGUGGAGCUGGUUCUUCUGUUCAUGAAGGUUCUGAUAAGGUCUUUAGAUUGUUGAUGAGAGUGAUUAUAAUUAGGGGGAUUCCAAGACCGAUGGUGGAGAUUAGAGUCCAUGAAAAUAAAGGAAGGGAUUCGACAAUCAUUAUGCUGGUCCAGCCAAUUGGUAAGAUAUUUAAUUCCCUCAAAAGUUCUUGGAGGAUUGUAAAGGUUGAUUAA